GUCAUCAUAACACUAUACAAAAGAUAUUCCCCAGCAAAGUGGCUAUAUUUCUUUCUAAUCUCUGUAUUGCUUACACAUCUCCGUUAAUUGUAAUAAAUUUUUAUCUCCUUAUUUUUCAAGUUUGCAAUACAUAUCACUGCUUCCGAUUGUAGGGGCAAUGUUCUUCCACUUGUCUAUGGAACAUGAAGUCUGCCUUCAUCCGAAAUACUUCGGUCCUAAUCUCAAUGAAACUAUCAAGAUGAAGCUGUUUGCUGAGGUGGAAGGCACUUGCACGGGCAAAUUCGGAUUCGUCAUAGCAGUCACAACGAUCGAUACAAUAGGACAUGGUCUUAUUCAACCAGGCCGCGGAUUCGUCAUAUAUCCUGUAAAAUACAAAGCUAUUGUGUUUCGCCCUUUCAAAGGGCAGGUAGUCGAUGCUGUUGUAAAUCAAGUCAAUAAAGUCGGCAUAUUCUGCGAUAUUGGUCCGCUGUCAUGCUUCAUAUCCCGUCACUGCAUACCUCCAGACAUGGAAUUUGAUCCCAACUCCAAUCCACCGUGCUACAAGACAGAAGACGAAACUUCAAUCAUCAAACAAGAUGAUGAAAUCAGGGUCAAGCUGAUUGGCACACGAGUUGAUGCUAAUGACAUCUUUGCAAUUGUUUUUUUUUGGCAGGGUGAGGGUAAGGAAACCCGAUUAACGCUCCAGCCAUUAUCCAUCAUGGGGCUUUUGGACCUGGCAAUGUUCGAUGAGAUUAGACGGAUGAACUUUCGGCAACUCAUAUAUCAGGGUUUGAAUUUCGCGAUGGUGGUCUCGUCAGCACUGAUGAUAUGGAAAGGUUUGAUGGUGGUAACGGGUUCGGAAAGCCCUAUUGUAGUGGUUCUGUCAGGCUCUAUGGAGCCAGCUUUCUUCCGUGGAGAUCUUUUGUUGCUCACCAAUGACCAAGCUGAUCCGAUCAGGACAGGAGACAUUACUGUAUUCAAGAUCGACGGUCGGGAUAUCCCUAUUGUCCAUAGAGUGAUCAAGGUCCAUGAGAAGACGCCUCAAGAUACGAAGUUCCUCACAAAGGGUGACAACAAUCAAGUUGACGAUCGCGGACUUUAUGCUCCUGGACAGAUGUGGCUUCAUCGUAACGAUGUAGUUGGUCGCACAAAGGGUAUCCUUCCUUACGUCGGAAUGGUCACGAUUCUUAUGAACGAUUAUCCGAAGUUAAAAUAUGCUGUUUUGGGUCUUCUUGGCUUGUUUGUUAUUAUUCAUCGUGAACAGUAGUCGCUUUACUCUCAUCCACUUUCUUGUCGCUGUUUUUGUUGUUUGCAUAUAUAUAUUUAUGUUAUGAACAUUCUUCUGGGUUAACAGGCUCAAAUAUUUAUUUAUUCAUUUUCACCCCUAGCGGUUUUUUC